AUGGGCAAGAAACAAGCCUGCAUGCCUAGCAGCUUCAGGGCGCACGUAAACCGAGUAGAAGCAGCGGCGUCGUUGCUGCAGCUUGUCUACGACCCCAACAAGGCGAGGGGAAUGCAGGGGUUCGGCAUCCUGCAGGCCUUCCAGCUAGAGCAUGGGGAGUGGGAGAGCUCCAUGUACAAGCCAGCCUACCUGGUGCUGCGGAACGUGGAGGACCGGAAGAGAGUGUGGGUGGUUGUAAGGGGUACGAACUCGGUGGACGACCUCUUCACUAACAUGGAGACGGAGCCGGCCAAGUUCAUGGACGGGCAUGUGCACAAGGGCAUCCUCCUCUCCUCGAAGUUCAUCGCAGAGCAGGUGAAGCAGCACAUCACGCGGGAUACCAAGGAGGUAGUGCUCGUCGGUCACAGCCUGGGAGGAGGAGCAGCCGCUUUUGCCACCGCCAUACUGCGCAACGAGGGGUACGAGGCGUCGGGGAUCGUGUUCGGCUGCCCUUCCUGCUUCUAUCCGGCCACCUUCGCAGAGGAACUCUUGAACAGACAUGUGGUUUCCGUCAUUCUAGACGCAGAUGUCAUACCAAGACUGAACAACAACACAGUCUUCGCGCUGAUCCCAGCAGAGGGCAUGGAGAAUCUCCUUCUGUCCACCAAAGAUCUGCUCCUUGACGGCCUCUUGGGCUCGCUGAGGAAGAACAAGCCGUUCGCAAGGGCGGUGGGUCUAGAUAAGGUAGCUACUGGGGAGCAACUGCCUCCUGGCAGAAACUUCAUCCUCGAGCCUUUUAAGCUCUCCUCAACGGAGGUGGAGUGGAACGUGCGAGAAGCGCAGUACGAAGACCUGAACAAGAUCGUGCUGUGUAGCAGCAUGCUUUCCGAUCACAACGUUGCAAGUUAUCUCGAUGCAGUGAUCAAGUCUCAGUUGCGACACACUCGAUCAUGCCGCAGGUUUGAGCUUUAG